AUGUCUGACCUCGCCGAAUUUACGCUGUUCCCCAAGCUGUCAUCUGAGAUCAAGGCUAUGGUUUGGGACCUGGCCUCGCAAGAACCUAACAGAAUUCUAUUUGACUCUUGGAGGAUCCGCAAGAGAAAGUACCCAAAGAGAAAAGUAACCACCCCUAUCUCGGAGAGGGAUAGGAUCUUCUGUGGCAGACAUCCUGAUUAUCCCAACCCUCGCAGGCUCUGGGCUCAAGGCAGAGUUCCUGCGGUACUUAUCACCUGCCGGGAGUCUCGCUAUUGGGCAAUGAAGCACUAUAGCUUGUGUUUCGGGGAUCAGCUGUAUUACAAAUCUCUCUGGUUCAACCCCAAAGUCGACACACUCAUCUUCAGCGACAUGUUUGCGGCCUUUUGCUUUGGCUGGGGUGGUGUGAUUAAACGUGGCGCUAUUCCACUCAUCCGAGAUAGCUUUACUAUGCCAGUCGUGGAGAGGGUUGUUGUUCAGGAUACUCUUCGUGCAUAUUUCUACGAAAAAGCGACAGAAAUGGCCUCAAAUUUUCGUCACCUGAAGUCACUUGUUAUGAGAACUGAUGGGGUUCCAAUCGAGAUCAAUAGUGUCUGGUGGUGGGAAGAUGGCUACUCUAUACACCAACCUUCUCUCCGAAUUUUCAUGCAAAUGUUUUGGGAUACAGAAUGGUGGAAGGCCACCAGAGCGGUUGACAAGAAGCCUGAGUUCCAGAUUAUGACGCCAGAAGAGAUGUGGGAUGCUGGUUUCGCUAAGCCAUUGGGCCCCUCACACAAACUGAACCGUCGACCAAAAAUAUACAAGGCAAAGGCAGCUCAAUUGCUGCCACUUCGUCGUUCAAAUCGUAUCAAGGCGAUUGAAGCAACAAGCGGUGUUGAGCUCUAG